UGCAUCCUGCUCCACCACAAAACGUUGGGUUUGACAUCGCUGACGUUGCCCAAAGAUUUGCCGGAAGUUUUGUGAGCCCUGAUGAAGAUCGGAUCGCGUUCCAUGCCAAUAAAGAUCGCGGCAAUGACAACAACACAACAUGAACUAACCGAGCUAUCAACUGUUAUGCGACCGCACUGAUGGAGUGUUGUUGAUGACAACAUUAAGAUGCCUAUUGCUCACAGCUAGCUAUCAAUCAACAAAUAGUGGGGGAAAGGAGAUUAGUAAGGUGGUACUGCUGAGUCGAGUCCAAGAUGAAUGGUUCUUCAGAGACAUUGUUUGAAUUUUAGCACUGACUACAUUUAACUCCAACAACAUCAUUAUUUCAACAAUGACGGUCAAGAUCCAAUGGCGACUCUCGCAAUUGAGACGGGUGCUGUCGUGGUUUCUACUGCUAGGAACUCUUUGCUUUCUUCAGAAUGUGAUGGAAGCCAUGGUCAUGAUGGGAAUGCAUCAAGGUACUCUGAGCAGUGACUCUACCGGUAGGGAUGGCCAUGUCCACAACAAGCAGCACUUCACGAGAAUAACACAAAAAGUGGGUACCAAUCAAGCUCAAAAUACCACAUCCAUCAACGUUGUCAUGGACAAGCAACCAAAUGGAGCAUUUGUGCACAUUGGAAAGACUGGAGGAAGCGCCGUAUCGCGAAUGCUGAGGAAUGGCUGUCAUUCCUUUAUGCCCAAACCCUGUCGACGAAUACCCAAUGAAACACUGGCUUCCAAGUUGAUUCAGAGCUACUACCAUGUCCCUGACUUUCAAACACUACCCGACAAUCAUCAUUCCUUUUACGUCUUGACGCUACGAGAUCCGUUUGAUCGCACUGUUUCCGCCUUUACGUACGAUCAUCCUCUCAAUGAUGACAGUUACCAACGAAACAGUUCCUUGGCCGACUUGAAUAGUCGGUUCAAGGCAUAUCGCUGCUUUCCCUCUUUGGAACGAUUUGUACAAUUGCUGGGGGACAAUAACUAUUAUUCCUAUCCGCAUCCACCCAAUGUCGUGGCCACGGGAAAUUGUCAAACGUUGGCCCGUGCGGCCUUGGACUCUCAAAUACGACGAUUUCAACAUUGGUUCUUUGAUUAUGGCAAAAUCAUAUCCCUGCUACCAAAUGAUACUACUGGUACUACAACAACAAUCUACGCAAUUCGAACAGAACACUUGUGGAAGGAUUGGGAAAGCGUCAACCGAUUAUUGGGAACAACUACUGGGGAAAGCAGCACCACUUCUACAAUUACCAAUAACCACCAUCCAGUCCAUCCAAUGGAGGAAAGGAAGGUUGCAGUCACUAGGGAUUUGAGUCCAAUGGGAAGGCAGCGCUUGUGCCACGCUCUGGAGGCGGAAUACCAACAUUAUGCUUUCCUUCUAAAAGUGGCAGAAAAUCUCAGUGAUGGAGACUUCCAGGAAGCAGUGGCCUAUUCCAGACAACGGUGCCCCAAUAUCAAUUAUUUUCACACUCCUGUCUGAUUAGUCGAGGAGACAUUGCUCUUCUUGCUUCAAAGAUAGGUUUUGUAGGACUGGUCUACACGGCAAAACACUGGCGUGGCAAAUGCACUACUGUGAAGAAUGAAUUGUCUAGCUGGCCAUCAAACAGAACAAGCUGGCAAGACGUCCAGCGUCCAGCAGUACAGUCGUAUGGUUGCGGGCCAGGAUUGAACAUCUUCAGUGUGGCCCCACCAAAAAAAAAUCAUGACAUACAUGGCAACUGCGCUGGAGAAUGAAGUGUCAAGCUAUCUAGCAGACUGGCUGCCACCUAGCUAGCGCAACCACCAGCCGGUUUGGAGGUCCGCAAUAGCUUCUCCCAAAGAAGCAAGACACAAGCAAGUGUACUAGGCUUGCAGGCCAGGCUUGACAUCAUCCUGGACAGCCUGUUUGACAACCAUAAUAAUAGCAUGCCGGAGACGUGGUUGAGCUACCACAUCAAUCAAUGCUUUUAGGAAAUAGAAGCCUCCUUUACUCUUGG